CAGGAAGUGGUUAAACAAUGACAAGUUAUUUGGAAUGAAAACUGAACAUUAUACAAAACCGCUUACAUUGCUGCUUAGCCUAAUACAUCAGCAGCCUAGUACAUCAGCAUGUUAGGAUACCAGCUAAGAGGCUGCGAAUGAACGUCUUUAAUUAAUAUGGAUUGGUUUUAUUGCCAACGGGUUUGCACUGUGCAGGAUUUGGAGAUGGAAGUGACCGCCAUCUUGAAGUUUUCUAACAACAGAUUCGGAACUAUUGUGCUAUCGACGUCAGUGCUUCUGCCCAACGAAGCCCACGUUUCUGGCACCAAAGGCACCAUCACGCUGGGGUCGCCGUUCCAUGCACCGACGCGCCUCACGUCGCCCUCCGGUAACUUCGACUGCCCCCUCGAUCCUUCAGAGCGUAAAUACGAGUUCGGCAACAGCCAGUUCCUCAAGUAUGAAGCCCAACACGUCGCUUCUUGCCUCGAGAAAAGUGAGUCAGUUGCGACAUACGAGUUCGGCAACAGCCAGUUCCUCAAGUAUGAAGCCCAACACGUCGCUUCUUGCCUCGAGAGAAGUGAAUCAGUUGCGACAUAACAUCUAGUGUUUAGUGAACUAGUGUCAGUAGUGUGAUCUAGUGUUUACUAGUGAAGAGUCAAUGUUAGAUGACCUUCACCAUGAGGCUCCUUUGGGCAAAAGUCUCCACAAAUAAUUGUUUUUCAGUAUUAAGUGCUAUUCUGAAAAGACGCCUCGGAAGCGUGAGCGUUUGAACUUUGGCAAAUGCGAUUAUGUUAAACUCCGUAAUGCAUUGAGUGCGGCGAAUAUUUCCUAUAAA